AACGCCCGGAGUCUCCGGAGCGGCGGGCGGUGUGUCCAGGUUCCCACCCGCUUGGAGCCUUGGCUUGGCUUUGGCCUGCAGGUCCCCAAGCGGUCGACUGCGAGUCCAGGUCGCCUGCCCGCCGGCACUACUGACCCUCGGCCCCUGCUUGUGCCCUCAGUGUCCCAGAGCCAGAUGAUGGAGGAACGUGCCAACCUGAUGCACAUGAUGAAACUCAGCAUCAAGGUCUUGCUGCAGUCGGCCCUGAGCCUGGGCCGCAGCCUGGACGCGGACCAUGCCCCCUUGCAGCAGUUCUUCGUGGUGAUGGAGCACUGCCUCCGACACGGGCUGAAAGUUAAGAAGAGUUUCAUUGGUCAAAACAAAUCUUUCUUUGGUCCUUUGGAGCUGGUGGAGAAACUCUGUCCAGAAGCAUCAGAUACCACUACUAGUGUGAGAAAUCUGCCAGAAUUAAAGACAGGUGUGGGAAGAGGCCGAGCUUGGCUUUAUCUUGCUCUCAUGCAGAAGAAACUGGCAGAUUAUCUGAAAGUUCUUAUAGAUAACAAACAUCUCUUAAGUGAGUUCUAUGAGCCUGAGGCAUUAAUGAUGGAGGAAGAAGGGAUGGUGAUUGUCGGUCUGCUUGUAGGACUCAAUGUUCUUGAUGCAAAUAUCUGCCUGAAAGGAGAAGACUUAGAUUCUCAGGUUGGUGUGAUCGAUUUCUCCCUCUACCUGAAGGAUGUGCAGGAUGUCAACAGUGGGAAAGAGCAUGAAAGCAUUACCGACGUCCUGGAUCAAAAAAAUUAUGUGGAAGAACUUAACCGGCACUUAAGCUGCACAGUUGGGGAUCUUCAGACCAAGAUAGAUGGCUUGGAAAAAACUAACUCAAAGCUUCAAGAAGAGCUUUCAGCUGCAACAGACCGAAUUUGUUCACUUCAAGAAGAACAGCAGCACUUAAGAGAACAAAACGAAUUAAUUCGUGAAAGAAGUGAAAAGAGUGUGGAGGAACUAGAAAAAGAAUUGGAGUUACAAAUUGGAAUGAAAACUGAAAUGGAGAUUGCCAUGAAGUUACUGGAGAAGGACACCCAUGAGAAGCAGGACACGCUCAUCGCUCUCCGCCAGCAGCUGGAAGAAGUCAAAGCAAUCAAUUUACAGAUGUUCCACAAAGUUCAGAGUGCAGAGAGCAGCUUACAGCAGAAGAACGAAGCUAUCGCAUCUCUUGAAGGAAAAACCAACCAAGUGAUGUCCAGCAUGAAGCAAAUGGAAGAAAGGUUACAGCACUCAGAAAAAGCCAGACAAGGUGCAGAGGAACGGAGCCACAAACUGCAGCAGGAGCUUGGUGGGAGGGUCAGCGCCUUACAGCUACAGUUGUCCCAGCUGCACGAGCAAUGCUCAGGUCUAGAGAAAGAGUUGAAAUUAGAAAAAGAACAAAGACAAGCUCUCCAGCGAGAAUUACAGCAUGAGAAAGAUACGUCCUCUCUUCUUCGAACAGAACUGCAACAAGUUGAAGGACUGAAGAAGGAGUUACGGGAGCUCCAGGAUGAGAAGGCAGAUUUAAAGAAGGUCUGUGAGGAGCAAGAGCAAGCCCUUCAGGAAAUGGGACUGCACCUCAGCCAGUCCAAACUGAAGAUGGAAGACAUAAAAGAAGUAAACAAGGCACUGAAGGGGCAUACGUGGCUUAAGGAUGAUGAAGCAACACAUUGUAAGCAGUGUGAAAAGGAGUUCUCUAUUUCCCGGAGAAAGCACCACUGCCGCAACUGUGGCCACAUCUUCUGCAACACCUGCUCCAGCAAUGAGCUGGCCCUACCUUCCUAUCCCAAGCCAGUUCGAGUGUGUGACAGCUGCCACACCCUUCUUCUACAGCGCUGCUCCUCCACAGCCUCCUGAGCUUUCUUUCCUGGGGUGGAAGGCAGCCUCAGGUACAGUGCCAAACUCUGGGUCUUCAGGGGACUGACAAAAUGAAAGGAACAAACAAAUGGAAUCCUAGCCACAUUGUCAGCCUCUGAUGACAACAUGCCCAGGUGGCAGCUAAGCACUUUUCUAUGAUUUAUAUGGACUGAAACUCAUUCAUGAACACGGACAUCAAUGACUUUGGUUCAGAUAUUAAUUUCAUGAUUUUGCUACUGUUGUUUUUACUUCUCAAAGGAUUAACCUACUUGGCAGCAGUUUACACUAAUAUGCAAUCACUUUUUCUUUCCUGCCCUCCAUCCCAUGAAAACCUUGACAUAAUGCAGUGCUUGAAACCAUGUAGGCUGGUUAGUAUGCCUUGUCUGCUUCAGCAGUGGCAGACUUGCCAUCAUGCCCUGUUGUUGGCCCUGCAAUAAAAUCCUUUAUUUUUCA